AUGGCCGCUGGUGAUGGCUCGUCUGAGCCGGGCAAAGAGGAGCAGCCUCAAAAUGAGACCACAACUCCUGGAAAGCCAACAGAAGCAGAGUCGACGGCAGACGAGUCUGAAGACGACGAGGAAGACGAAGAAGAGGAAGAGCCACAGCUGAAAUAUGCCACCCUGACGAAGGCUGUGAGCUCAAUAUAUCGCAACGGUGACGCGACGAGCACUUUCCUGGUAGCAGGGGACAAAUUGGCAAGACUCCUUCAGAUCGUUGGGACUCAUAAUGGAAACAUCCACGUUUUCGCCCUUCCCUCCUUCAGUCCGUUGAGAGUAUAUCAUGCGCAUACCGCCAGCGUAUCUGCGAUAUCAAUAUCCCCACCUAUUCCUGCUAUCUCGAUCCUUCGGCCGGAACCUCCUCCCAAGCCAACAGCUGAGCAUCCACUAUCAAGAAGCAGAUCUCCCACAGGCUCUCCAGCGGCGAAAGGCAAACAGCAACCGCGGCAAUUACCUCCCGUGCCGAACACUCCUUCGAAUCAGAUCUACAUAGCCACAUCCUCCAUAGACGGGAAUGUCUGUAUCGCUUCGCUAGUGGAUGCUCGAGAUGUGCAACUACGCAACUUUGGCCGACCAGUGCAGAGCGUCGCACUUUCACCCGAGUAUAAGUCAGACCGAAGCUACUUGUCUGGCGGCCAAGCUGAUAGUUUGGUAUUGACAACUGGAGGACAGGCUGGCAAAAGUGCGAAUGCAACUACAACUGGUGCCGCAGCGGCGGCCUCAAGUUGGUUGGGCUCACUUGGACUAACUGCCAAUACCGGUACAGACAAAGUCCUGCACAGUGGGGAAGGGAUCAUUAGCACAGUCAAGUGGUCGCUUUCGGGGAAAUAUGUUCUCUGGGUCAAUGAGCAUGGCAUCAAGAUCAAAAGGUCACAUCUGAAGCUAGAGGCUAGUGAAUCAGGCACUGAAUGGAAGACGAUAAGCCACAUUGACAGGCCAACCCGGGCAGGAUGGGAAGACAUGGCUGGGGUUUGGAAAGCUCGUGCUGAAUGGAUAGACAGAGAUAACUUGGAGACUGUUGAUGAAUCACCGACACCCGCAGCCAAUGGAACCCCAUCGAAGCCAGACCUUAACAAGGUCAAAGUUGAGGAGGCUCUCGUUGGCUGGGGAGACUCGGCGUGGAUAAUCAAGGUUUAUCCAGGCACUGCUGAAGACUCGGAACACAAAACUGGACGCGCAGAGGUCGCUACGAUGCAAUAUACGAUUUGA